AUGAUCUUCAGAGUUUCUCGAUACUAAUUUUUUUUCUGUACAUAUCUAUUGAUAAUUUACUACAUACAAUUUAUAAUUAAUUAUUCAGUUACCGGCAAAUGAAUUACCACUCAUUAUCCGUAUAGAAUAUAAUGUCUCGUAAACAUCUGGCGGUGAAGUCUUUGACUUCGUCGACGGAUGGAAUAAUUGAACCGGAAAAGAAGAUUCGAAAUCCUUUCUUAUACAAAUUCAUUACUAAUUGGUUGAUAACUGACCCAGAUAUUAUUAAUGAUGAUAGUUCGAAGAAGAAGUAUAAUUAUCAAGUACAGAAUCAUAAAGAUAUGAAAUUUUUAUAUCUAUUUGGAGGUAGAUGGCAUUUGAUAAAGCAAUCACCUGUAAAUUUAGGUACAUUGAUAAUUAUACUUAUACCGGGUAUACUAUAUUUCAUAUUUGAGAGUAAAUGGAUUUGGCAUAAUAUUACUCCUGGUUUAGUAAUUUUACAGACAUAUUUUUGGCUUAUGAGUUUAUUGUUCUUUUUCAAAGCUUCAACUUCAGAUCCAGGUCAAUUACCUAGAAAUAUUCAUUUACCUUUACUCCCCAAUCGUCAAACUCAUUCAAUAAAUAAUCCACCUCAAGAAUAUUUCAAUACCAUAAAAUUACCUUAUUACAAAGACAAUCAAAUUGGAGUGACUAUUCGAUAUUGUCCCACAUGUCAUAUUUGGAGACCACCUAGAACAAGUCAUUGUUCAACUUGUAAUAUAUGUAUUAAAAUUCAUGAUCAUCAUUGUGGAUUCCUUAAUAAUUGUAUUGGACAUCGUAACUAUCAAUAUUUUCUAUGGCUAUUAUUGCUGGGCAAUAUAGCUUGUAUAUUAUUAAUUAUUCAAUCUAUUGUACAUGUUCUACAUUAUAGAAUGGUUGAACAUUCAACAAUCACAUCAUUUCAUGCAUCAAUCUCCAAAUAUCCAAUAGCAUUCUUAUUAGUACUUUGGGGACUAUUAAGUCUCGAAUUUCCCCUUGCAUUAAUGCUUCUACAUAUAUAUCUAACAGCACAAAAUAUUACUACAAGAGAAUUUCUUAAUUAUGUUGUGGGUAAACAUCAACCUGGGUUUGUUAAUGUAUAUGAUACUAAAUCCAUAUUAAAUAAUUUAUUUAUUAAUUGGAUUAGUAAACCUCGCGGUAAUCUUGUAGUGAGACCCAUGGAUCCUUAUAAUAAAGAUGAUAUACGCUAUCAACAUAUUGAGCCACUCCAAACAUUCGACCAUUAAUGAAGUUUAUAGAUGUAACACAUAAUAAUACAUAAUACAUAAUACAUAAUACAUAAUACAUAAUACAUAAUACAUAAUACAUAAUACAUA